CACCACACCCAGAAUCUCCCCUCAAUCUCCCAGUCUCCUCUUUCUCCCUCCAUCAGAAAUUUCUUGUGGGUUAAUAAUAAAAAGCUCAAAAAGAGAGAUAUCAAAAUCCCAUCUUUUACCCGCAUCCGAGCUCAAAAUCUCAACUUUUCAGAAAGCCCCCGAUCUAUUUCCUGAUUGGUUAAUUGGGGAGUUUUGAUCAUGGCUGUAUCAGGCAUCAACUGGGACUGGUGGUCGGAGAUCAACGAGUCUGAGCAGUGGCAAGAAGGAAUCUUUUACUUCCUCUGCGCCUCUUAUGCCUUGGUCUCCGCUGUUGCUCUGAUACAACUAAUCCGAAUUCAGUUGAGAGUGCCUGAAUAUGGUUGGACUACCCAAAAGGUCUUCCAUCUUAUGAAUUUCAUUGUGAAUGGAGUGCGUGCUGUUGUAUUUGGGUUUUAUGCUGAUGUUUUCCUUUUCAGGCCAAAAGUGCUAACUCUAGUAUUAUUGGACCUGCCUGGAAUACUAUUUUUCUCUACAUACACACUGCUCGUUCUGUUCUGGGCAGAGAUAUAUCAUCAGGCCAGGAGCCUUCCAACGGACAAGUUAAGGACUGUGUAUAUUGUUGUCAAUAGCGUGAUAUAUGUUAUUCAGGUCUGUAUAUGGGCAUAUCUCUGGAUAAAUGACAACAGUGUCGUUGAAAUGAUUGGGAAGGUCUUUGUUGCAGCUGUAUCGUUUAUAGCUGCACUUGGUUUCUUGGUAUAUGGAGGAAGGCUGUUUUUCAUGCUGAGGAGAUUCCCCAUUGAGUCAAAAGGGAGAAGGAAGAAACUUCAUGAGGUUGGAUCUGUAACUGCAAUAUGCUGCACCUGCUUCCUUGUAAGAUGUUUUGUGGUUGGAUUGUCUGCAUUUGAUUCUGAGGCAUCUCUUGAGGUUCUAGAUCACCCAAUUUUGGACCUCAUAUAUUAUGCGUUCACCGAGAUUCUCCCUUCGGCACUUGUUCUCUACAUACUGCGCAAGCUCCCUCCUAAAAGAGUGUCGGCACAAUAUCACCCGAUUCGUUAGAGGCCAUGAAGUUAUGAAGCUCUCUGACAAAUCAGUGCUUGGUAGCGAUCGAAGCUGUGAGAAGAAAUGGGAACGAUACCAAUGCUUGUAUUAUUCCUUCAGCUCUCAUUUUGUCGAACUCUAGUUGCUUUAGAUGAUGAAGAUUGGGUAGUGAGUGGAUGCCAUUGAUGCAGACCACUUGCACAUUACAUUUUCUUUUUUUUUUCUCUCCAUUUUCGGGUAUAAUUAAAUUUUCGGAUUGUUAACGUUAUGUUUUUGCUUGAUGUAUCAAUUCAGUAUUAAUAUGUCAAGGGUGAGCAACUAGAUUGGCAGUCCA